UUUUAUUGACCAUUGACUCCGCGGCUCCGCGCUCUGCGCCGUGACAGCUGACAGCGUCGAUAGCGUCAAGCACGGUCAAAGCAGUUGAGUGUUAGUGUUUUCGUAAUUUCGAUAUUAUCGCUGAUGGAAUGGGACCCCCACCCGUAGUCACCGGAAUAUCACCCAAGGAAGGCCCACCUGGUACUCGGGUGAUAGUGCGUGGCGAAUUUUUAGGAAAUAAAGCUCAGGACCUUAUAGGACUGACGAUAUGCGGAUGCGACUGCCUACUUUCGGCCGAAUGGAAGUCAUCGAACAAGAUUAUAGCAAGAUCGGGACCUUGCAAAGGUCGCGGAGAUAUAAUAGUGACGACUCGAAGCGGAGGACAGGGGACUUCGACGGUACAGUUUCGCGGUUACCAUGAGACUAUAGGCCCGAUGAAGGAGUCGGCGGUGUGGGUGGAGGAAGCACCUAUGCAGAGUUUAGGUUGGGGUAGGAGGGCUUUGUCGCCCACAAACUAUCAACAGGAAGACCCUUUAGGGCUCAGCGUGGAGGGCAACGACAAAAAGUUUCCCGAGGAUGAGCUGAUUGAACUCUUUGGAGAUGGAAGUGGAGAUCUUACGAGCGAAAAAUUUCAUCCAGGAUGGUUUUUAUUGCAACAUCAUCAUGCCACGACUUUGGAAGAUUUAAAGGCUGGUUUAGCUUACCUUCGAAGAAAAGUCAACUCUCAGAAGGAAGGGCAAUUGUCAUUUUUAAAGGCCAAUGUAGGAGCGGUAGUGGAACAACUUGACACAAUAAUGUCGCUAAAGGAUCAAUUUGAGGCAGACGUCAAGAGCUAUGGUAGCGAUCCUACGGAGAAGUUGGAAACUGCUAUCAGGCAGUCUAUGUCCGAGGCUAAUAAAUUAUUCGAUGAUGUAUUAGCGAGGAGGGACAGAGCCGAUGCCACCCGUAACGCGUUGGCUGUUAUGCAACGUUACAAAUUUCUCUUUUGUAUGCCAAUAAACAUCGAGAGGAACAUCAAGCGUGGCAACUACGAUCUCGUAAUUAACGAUUAUGCCAGAGUUAAGAAUCUGUUUAAAAAUACAGAGGUAGAUGUCUUUAAAAGGGUAUUGGAGGAAAUCGAUAAUAGAAUCAGUACGUUUAAAGUGUUGCUACGGAAAAAAUUACAAGAGAUGCCAUUCAGUUUAGAGGAGCGCAAGAAGAUUAUUAGAAAUCUCGUCAACCUCGACGCCGAAGGUGAUCCGGCGUGGGACGCGAUAGUUUCACACGCAAAUUAUUUAGAGAAAAGCGUUGCCAAUGCCGUACACGAGCAUUUGGAUGGAUGGACGAGAAUUAAUUGUGAAGACGCGACUAAGGUGUCCAAGGUCCACACACCGUUAACUAUCAAGCAUUUACGCUCGCAGCAGAAGAAUAACGGGGAUGACUCACCGCCACAAAUCUCGUGCGUCGAAGCAAUUUGCGAUAUCGUGGUCGAACAGUUGCCAGACCUGUGGAGAUUGGGACAAAGUUACUUCACAGGACAGCUACAUGUGGCGGUAGAUGUGGAAAAGCAAAGUCAUUUUAAAAAUUUAGUUUUAUCGAAUAUGCAACACGCCAUGGGAGCCAUGAAGAGUACGUGCAGUCACAAUGUAGAGGCACGGUGGCUUUUACAUAUUUUACGUUGCGUCAGACAAAUGUACGCAUCUUUGAUACACCUGGAUUUGCCUAGCGAAGCUCUCGACAUUUUCGGAUCGUUUAUAUUGGAUUUAAGGAUGCAGUGUUUGAUUGCUCUCUUCAAACAAGGGGCGGACAAUACAGCAGCUCUGAGUCAAAGGGAAACAUGGCAGAUAGAAUACUUGAAUGAGGAUGGUGGUGUUACGAGACUGCCAUAUCUGUUUGAGGAAAUAGUUUUGGCGAUAUCGAGACAUGCGCGAGAAACGGUAGUUGCUUGCGGUCCAAGAGAAGGUCUGCUUUUCAGUAAUCCGGCCCAUCAGAUUCUCUAUCACAAUACUAUCAAGACAUUAUUCGUAUCGUUCGCGCGGUGCCUACAACAAUUGGCGUUUAGUGGCUGCGAGGAAGCUAUGGAUAACGAUGAAACGUCGGUUUCGCAAUUGAUCGGGUCGCCUUCCGGCUAUAAAAACAAAGUCAAUAAGCAUCAAGGACCAACGUGGGAGCAGUGUCUUCUAAUCUCGUUGAGCAAUAUACGAUACACGCUAAAUAUCGUUUUACCAAGAAUCGGAGAUGCCCUGAAAGCGCAAGGCUACCCGGAAUUAUCUACCGCGGUCGGAUGGAACUCCGAUUGGACACAAUUGGAGACGCUGGAUAGCGCCGUUCUGGAAGCGUAUCUAGAACGCCGUUGCGAUCCACUCGUCGGUACGAUAGAGCCUAGCAUGUAUUUAGGCGGUUUGGAAUGGGAUUUUGAUACGGAACCGACCCAUCUGAAGCCGUAUGCCCAAGAAAUAUUGGCUAAUCUAAUUGCGGUACACGCGGAGGUACGCCGAGUCGCCCCAGCACUGUUACACCGGAUUCUGUCCCACAUAAUAGAGACCAUAGCGGAGGAACUCGCGCGACUCAUGUCAUGUGUUACGCAAUUUCGUCCGGCUGGAAUAAUUCAAGCUCGAACGGAUAUAAUACUCUUGAGAAACGCCCUGCAGGCCUACAGCACGAGCAGAGCGAGCAGAAGCUUUUUCGAGGAAGCUCUGGACGCGAUACCUCAACCCGCGAACAAGGAAGAUCGCAUGAGAAUAGACGCUCUUUUGUUAAAAGUCACGACGUGUAUGCGACUGCAGCUCUCCUGUCUUGUCAGCGAGGUAACGGAAAAUGUUCGUUAUUUAACGGCAGACCCCGAACGCGUUACCACUGUAUGAUUCAUAACGACCAAAGUAGUACGUAAUAACUACGGGGACGUUGUAAUUGUUAAAUUAUUUAAAAUCCUAUUAUCGUAUUUACGUAUGCACAUUGGAUGCGGUACAUUGUACAAUGGGCACGAAACGUGCCGAAUCCGCGACAAGCUCGCGAUUGAUUUCCGUUUGAUUGCCAUUGUAAAAUAGGCUUUCACUCGCUAUGUGCUAUAACCUUUUUUAUUAUAUUUUCUGUUUCUUAUAUCUUUAUUAAAGUUGAAUAUAUUUCAAAGAAUAUUUAAUAUAAAACUUUUUUUCUAAGGUAUAUUCGCAAUAGUUAUUACAAGAUAAUAACGAUGGAAAUCUGUUUCCACCAUUUAUCUCGUACAUCGAGUUGUGAGUAAUUAGGCUUUUUCAAUCAGUUGUAGUGUGCCAAUGUCUCCAGCUAAUAAUACAGUGUCACCUGAAACAGAAAAGAUAAAAGAAUGCUAUAUUGUAAAAUCAAAAGGAAGAUAAGCAUUAAUAAAAAGAAAAUCUCAAGUGGCGUA